AACCUCACCAAAAAAAUACAAAAAAAGGGCUGAUCCGGACAGGACCAAAAAAAGACGUCCAACAGACGUUGGCGUUGGUCCGUGCUUGGUGGGUGGGUUCAUUGGGCUCAUCAAGCCGCUGCUACGGAACCAAGAGACCCUGGAUUGGACGAUUUCUCCUUUCAUUUCAGUAGGCUAGCAGCUUUCAUAGCCUCUUAGCAGACGGGGGAGAAGUGUCAGAUGCAGGGAAAGGGGUAGCUAGGUAACCCGGCUUGCCAUGGUUUACGAUGGAAACGGCACCAAACGUUACGCUUGACCUUUAAUCAGGACACAGAAACUCGAUCUGCUGACGAUUCCUGCCUAGUAUCUGCCAUUUUUACGUCAUUCGAGGCAUUUUUCAAACGUGUUAGGAUACUAUAGCCACAAGCUGGCAGGCUAGCUAGCUAAAUUAAUAUGCUAAACGUUACCUGAAAGACAGCAUGUUGGCUAUUAAUGGAUAAGCAAAUUUUCGUGUGCUAACUGUGGUGGAAACGAAAUAAUUAUGGCUGAUACAUGUUCAAGAGGGAUGGAAAGAGGCAGGGGAAGGAUUACAUCAGAUUCUAUGACGAGAGGCGCAUAUCCUCAACAGUAUGUUCACCCUGGCACACAGCAGCAGGGCAUAGACAUUCAGGAGCUUGCCUCUAAACGUGUCGAUAUCCAGAAGAAACGGUUUUAUUUGGACGUAAAACAAAGUGCAAGGGGCAGAUUCCUAAAAAUUGCAGAGGUUUGGAUUGGAAGAGGCCGCCAUGAUAACAUCAGGAAGAGCAAAUUAACGCUGUCCAUGUCAAUGGCGCCCGAUCUACGAUAUUGCCUGGGGGACUUCAUCGAUUAUUACGCUCACAUUGGGUUGCGAGGUGGCCUGGCACCACGGCCAGAAGAGCAGAGCAAUGGCCAGGGCCGCCCCCAAGAUUCCCGCAGAAGACAGCAAGAUCACCACCACGCAGCAUCAGUAUCUCCCACCGGCUCUGCGGUGUCGGAGGAGCAUACUCAUCGCGUCCUGAAGAGUGAAUUCAUUGAGAGAGACAAUAGAAAGUACUAUCUGGAUCUGAAAGAGAACCAGCGAGGCAGGUUCCUCCGCAUCAGACAGACUGUCAGCAGAGGACAUGGCACCAUGGGUUACUACGGCCAGGGCAUCGAGCAGACCAUAGUGUUGCCGGCUCAAGGGCUAAUCGAAUUCAGAGAUGCACUGUCGCAGCUUAUUGAAGACUACGGCGAUGGUGAUGCCACGGAUGAGCGUGGAAGAGGCAAUAGGAACCACGAAGAAUCCCCCGAGCUUCCCGAGGCAGAAUCCUUUCGAGUGGACAAUAAGAGGUUUUAUUUCGACGUUGGUUCCAACCGCUACGGUGUGUUUUUGAAGAUUAGCGAGGUACGACAGCCAUACAGGAACACCAUAACAGUCCCCAUGAAAGCCUGGGCCAGAUUUGGAGAGAAUUUCAUCAGGUAUGAGGGAGAAAUGCGGCGAAUUUUCACCUGUCACGAGAAGAGGACAGAGACUCGCGAGGACUGUGAAGACCAAGAGGAUUGACAAUGGCAUACUGUGGUUGUUAGAGGUUUCUAGUGAUGGUGGGUUAAAACGGAAAAGGGAAAAGGUAAACGUGACAAUAUCCUAGUUUAUAAGAAAAAGUAUUCUCAAUGUACCUCUAUAAUACUGUACUGUAUGACUAUUGUCAACUAGCACUUUUACAUUUUUUCAUGGUUAUUGUGUUUCAUUCGUAUAUUUAGAUUAUGGCAUCCGUUUUGAAAUCGGUGCAGGAGGACGGUUUGCCUAUUCUUGCACAAUGAAAACUAAUAUACAAAAUGCUAAAUGAUAACAUAGCUAGGUCAUUUAUAUGAAGCGUAGAAAAAUGUUUCGUUGUGGUCGACUGUCCAUUUCAAGAAUUGCAGUGUGUGUGUGAAUGUACGUGCGUGUGCGCAUGUGCUUGUUUGAGUGAAGAAGAAAAAAGGUGAGCCCCAUAUACCUCAGGGUGAGACAUGAUAGUGUACAACUUCCGGUAUCCCACCAGCAUUGGCAGUGGGGUGUAUUGUAAGAUUUACAGCUGAAGGCUAGACAUGAUAUUGUUGUUUAAACAUCAACAAUCAUUUGCUCUGUGUAGUUAGUAUUUAAAGAUUGAGAAUAAACAAGGAUGAAGGAUUUGGGGUAUUGUUAUCCGUGUGGUUUGGGCACUAACCAAAUAAUAUAAUAAUAAUAAUAGUACUUGAUAGAAAUGCACACUACCACUAGCCUGAACUCCAGAACCUACUCUGUGUCAUGCCAAACAUGACAUGACAUAGCAAAGAGUGCAAUGAUAACUCAAACAGACUGGUACCCAUGCUACACUACUAUGAGAAUAUGUAUCUUUAAACAAUGUCUCUCUGCAAAAUAACCAUCUAAUGCCUAUAUGAAAGAUAUGAUUCAUGGGCUUAGAUAUGAUAUACAAAGUGGGAGAUCAAGAAACUGUUGAUUAGCAGUGAUGCUGUAAUUUCUUAGUUAUAACGGUAGUGUUACAUCAUCUCAUAUACAUUCACACACAGCUUUGACAGAAAGAUAGGCUAUUAUUCAUGCAAUCUACUUUUUAUCGCACCACCGAGCACAGUAGAUGUUCAUUCCAUGUUUUUGGGAUGCAUCCCAAAUGGCACCCUAUUCCCUGUAUAGUGCCCUACUUUUGACCAGGGCCCAUAGGGAGCUGGUCAAACGUAGUGCACUAUAAAGGGAAAACUGUGUCAGUUGGAACGGAGUCUUGGUGUAGCCUUAAAACUGCUCAUGUUCCAGAAUUUCAGUAAAAAUUCUGAUGCCUUCACAAAUCUUGCAAUGAUACUUGAAACAUUGAGAUCAAGCCCAUGCAGCUAUCAAUACACCCCAGAUACCCUUACUACUAACAGGUGCAACUUAGUCUGUGUCCCCAAAAUUAUCAUUAUCACAUUGUGUAUUUUAAAAGUUAUUUAAUGCAUUUGACUGUCAUUUAUUAACAUAUUAACAAAUUAAUUUGAAGUGAAAACCAAAUUUCUCACUUGGAUUUUUUGAUGAUCUGCUAUACAAUAUUUUUAGUGUCAAGUCAUGCUGAGAAAAGCUCCUAACACAGAUAAUCUUUAUUGAUAUAGGCUUUGUUGCCUAUGUGUUAAUUAAGCAAUAAGGCACGAGGGGGUGUGGUAUAUGGCAAAUAUACCAUAGCUAAGGGCUGUUCUUAGGCACGACGGAUCGCAGAGUGCCUGGACACAGCCCAUAGCCAUGGUAUAUUGGCCAUAUACAACAAAACCCCGAUGUGCCUUAUUGCUAUUAUAAACUGGUUACCAACUUAAUUAGAGCAGUAAAAAUAAAUGUUUUGUCAUACCCGUAGUAUACGGUCUGAUAUACCAUGGCUGUCAGCCAAUCAGCAUUCAGGGCUCGAACCACCCAGUUUAUAAUGAGUUAGGCAGCAGACAGUUUAUCCCUUGUCACAGGUACCUCGGAGAUCUUUAAAUGACAGGUGAUAUUCUGUCUUCCUCCACAUCUAAAUUGUUUCCACAUUUUAGACCUCUGGAGCUUUUAUUAUCCAUUUUUUUUACUAGGUCUGGGAAUUGCCAGGGACCUCACGAUAUUAUCACAAUACUUCUAUAUGUAUUGCAAUUCGAUAUUGCGAUUUGAUGUUCCAAAUGUAUUGCUCACCAUAUGUCUGCUGCAGAGAGACAAGAGAGAGUCAAGAGUAAACAAGUUUUGAUCAGUCAGGGUAAUAAAAUGGCUGAAAACAGGUUGGCUCAGUAUUUAAGAAGAUAUAGAACAAGCUAUAGGAGGAAAGAUAGCAGAGUUUUGGCGCAGGUACAGCCAAUUAGCGCUAACUAAUGCUAUCUACAGUAGCAAAAAAUAUCUAUAAUAUUGUCAAAAAAUAAUAUUGCUCGAUUUUUAUUAUUAUUAUUAUUAUUAUUAUUAUUUUUUUAAUCCAUUAAUAAUUUUCACCAUUUAGGGUCUGUGUCCACGAAACCGCUCCAUAGACUUAAUGCCAGAUAUGGUGAUGGGGCUGAUAUGGUCAGUGAUAUGAAAUAUCAUAUGCUGAUCCACAUAGGAUACACCUCAUUGGUCUGAACACCUCUUCACAUGUCUGCUAGACAAAUGAUCUUGCAGUACUCGUAAGGGCUUAACAAUUGUUUGUACUAGUUGUAACCAACAUUCUGUGCUGAAACUCCUAUUUUACAUUUCCCUUGCAUCUGGGGAUAAAGGAUGUAUGAAAUAGGCGUUCAUAUUUCUUCAUGGUUUUCCUUUUGGCUGCAACUCCCUAGCAACUACGCCCCAUUGCACAGAGUCUAUAAAACAGUGGUUCUUCUGCAGAGCUUAAAUGGACAAAUGUAAUUUUCUUUACAUUUUGUCCCGCAUGGAAGAUCCAUUGGAGAGAACAACCUAAUAGAAAAGUCAGAAUGCAUCAUGCUACUGUCACAUAAGUUUCCACAGUCUGUGUUAAGGCAUAUUGUGGUUUCAAAUGAAUGCAGUUGACUGAAUCUUGAAUAUCAAGGAAAGAGGUACUUUGUAUAUUAUGAAAAAGGGAUAGGUCAAUCACAAAAAAAAGACAAGGUUAAAAAUCGUUGUCUCUAAAACCAAACUUUAAUAUUAUGAUUUUUGAUAUCUUAAAGACCGGUAUUUAUUUUAAAUUCUUAGUGGUAGCAAUCCAAACCAUAGUGCAUGAAAAGCGCAAGAAUAGUCUGGUUAUUCAUUGUUUUUCUGUUAUCUAAUGUGUGGUAUGGAAAUUCCACUUGAAUGAUUGCAUUCAUCUAUUCCAACGUUAAAAGUUUUACAACUUAUUAUAGAAAAAUAAUUCGAAGCACAACUUUACUACAACAUUCGUUUGGAUUCUCAUACUUAAUCAAAAUGUGGAAUAUAUUACAUUUGUUCCCAUAUGCUUUAAUUUAUAUCUACAUUUUAGAGUGCAGAUGCCCCGUGAUGUAUUUGAGAUUAUAUGGCUGAUCACAGUAUUUUGGGGGGCAAAGUAAGAGAAAAUUUGGCCUAGGCUAUAAACAAUGGCUUUUUUCCUCUUGGAGAUGGAGAGAGAAUAUGAGUGGGGAUGCACAGUUUAUUUGCUCUUUAAAACACAAGCCUCCUUAAGAAAGCACUUUAAAAGCAGCACUUCCCUCUGCUGUUUAUUACUUAAUUUACAUGGAGGGAUCACAUGAUCCAUGCAUUGGUUUAACUUUGAUGUGACAAUCAUGCACUUAAAUUACCACACCAUAAGGCUAAUCUUCUGCUAGAUGCUGAUAUCGCCUAUUUUAAUCUAAAAAAAAGCUGCACUUAAAGAUAAACUGACCCAGAUAGUGGCCAUGAAGUUAUUAGCCCGCCCUUCUGCUCCUAGUCUUGUUUUACCUGAACCCACUGUGACCCCUUUUAAAUAAGGUCUUACAGUGUAAUAGCAUUGUUUUGUCUACUUGGAUUGGGUUGUUGUUAAAGUAAGGUGGAUUGGGUUGUUGUUAAAGUAAGGUGGAUUGGGUUGUUGUUAAAGUAAGGUGGAUUGGGUUGUUGUUAAAGUAAGGGCAGCUAGCAAUGGCAAUGUCCAAUGAGGUUGAUAUCUACCUUCAAUUCUCAAAAGUUCUCACAAUUUAGUAAAUAUACUUGAGCUUUCUCUGUUUUCUUGUGAAAUUAUACAAAAUGAAAUGUCCAUACCUUUCUGACUGCUGUAGGCGUAUGGUUAAGACAAACUUUCUUUGAGUGUAACUUGUCUUGUUUGAUUGUCAAGUUUAAGGAUUAAAUCCAAGUUGUAGUGGUGUCGUGAUGAUAAGAAAAUUAAAUUAAUUUACAGCUCCUUAUGGUUGCAGCAAAGGUUAUCAUUUCCAAUGCAAAGUACUCAAUUGUUGUACAUUUGGAGCUAAUCACUUAUAGAAAAAAUAUGUUGUUUUGACAUAACCACAAAAGGCUCCAGAUCUUGCUGCAAAAAUUUCCCUGAACCAUUUCACGUGGGUGGAACUAUCAACCCAACAUGAUCAAACAAGCACUUUAGAUGACGUGCACACAGGUUUCCUCUUCAUUAUUAUUCUACCAAACAAAAAUAUAUGAAAUUAAGUCAAUGAUAAAUUCUAUGGAAUUAAAGAUGAAAGAUAUAUUAUACUGUUCUAUUCCAUUAUAUUUGUCUGGUAUAUUAUGUAAUGCUUUCUGUAGUUAUUAUUAUUAUUUUUGCAAUCUAUUAAGGACGUUGUAUUUCACAAUUGACUCCACAGAAAAUACAGUGACGUACCGGUAUUAUCCAAGAAAGACACGCUUAGAAUGAAUUUAAUUGACUAUUCCGUAUUUGUAGCUUGCCUGAAAGCCAUACUAGAUCAUGUGUCGGCCUGAUAUCCAACUAGACUUGGGCAGGUGUUUGAAUGGUUAAAAAGUCUUUGUAAGAGCAAGCAAGGUCAUCAUUGAAGGUUGAGUUGGUCUCUUAUAAAUCACUUGAAUGAAUUCAAUUUGGACUGUUAUCUUCCAAACAAAAGGUUUUACAACCUUUUAGCCUUAAAACUUCUUUACAAUUUGGUGGUAUUGUUUUGAUUAGGAUUAUCAUUUUUAUUAGUUUUUAGAACAAAUGGAAAAGAUUACCUGUCAAUCUUGUGAAAGAAAUAAGAGGGAUAUGUUUAUUGCAACAGAUUUCUAUUGCACAAAACACCAAUGAUGUUCAAGCAUGUUUAGGAGAUUAUCAUUUCAAAAGAAUAGGCUACUUAGUACUUGAGUUCCACAAAACACUAAUAACCACCUAACUGCAGUAGUGACAAUGAAGAGAAAAGGAGUCCCGGCUUCACUUGGGAAAAGUGAUGGCGUAUUUACAUAUGUUUCUAAUUUAUUGUUGUGUAGGUAGCGUGCUGUGAAAAAGUCUGGCUAUUGAAGAAGCUUUGUUGGUUUGUUUCUUUUGGCUUUUGUGUUUAUCAUGGCAUUACUGCAGUGGGAUUUUUCGAAAUAUAACUGUCUAUGGUAAUGAUAUAAAAAAUGAAAUAGUGAAGCAAAAAUGUUUAGUGUAUCUUUGGAUAAAUGUAAUGUAUAACAUUAGCGUGUCCUAUAGAAUAUUAUAUGACUCAAAACAAGAAAGCAAUUGUUUAGUAUUCUAGAACUUUCUUUAACCUGUGUACUGUAAUACUUCAUGUUCUACAUGUAUGGUACCGUAUGAAUAUCCAUUUAUUGCCUUGUAAUGUUUGUAAAAGAUUGCAACGUUUAGAAAAAACCUAUCUGAGAAAAAACACGUUUAAAAAAAAGUUUAUGCAUGCCAACAGUUGGGUCCUAAACUGAAAGGGGGGGGGGGAUUUACUAUAAAAAAUGGUGCUAUAUGAUAAGAUAUAAAGGUGCUCAUAUGAAACCAAACUGCAUGCAUGCAAAGAGGACAUUUCAAAAGUAGGAUAAAAAAAACUUGAAGUUCGACAUGUUGUGCACUCACAAGAUGUCUUCCCAGAACACACAUGGUAAAGUGCAACUGUAAAUAGCCUACUGUCAGUGAAAGCCUCGUCAUCAAUUAGGACAUGUACUACCAACACUUUGCCACCAGAGUGUCAUUUGUACUGGCCCCAGGGAGAGUCUGUCAUUACUACAGAAUUUAGCAAAUUGUGUUUGCUAUAAGCAAAAGACAUCCCUACAGCUAGACAGAUGGGAGACAGAGACCUGUAUCUCCUACCGCUUUCAAAGCAGUUAGUACCAAGGUGACAAGAUACUUUAGCCAAAGGAAAUAGUGAUCGGAUCAGUGAUGCCUAUUUACAGUUACCCUGCCUCUGUGAGUAUGCUCCAAAAGAUCUAUAGACAAUCUAAUGAUAUUUUUAAUUUUUUAUGCUAAUGAUUCAAAUGUUUGUCUUUGAAUAGCUUUUACAUGUAGCAGGGUCCGGGAGAGGGUAAAGCUGAAGAGAAUGCAGUCUUCAAAGGGUUAUGAUCAGUGAUUUAUAUAAACACUACAUGACUGAUAGGGGCGUUAUGUUGAAGCCACCGUGCCUCCAUCUUGGCACUCCCCCACCAUUGGAUGCUAUUCAUUUAUAAAUAUCUACAUUAGCUUUUGCAACAAAUAUUCUAUUACAGACACCUUAAUGCAUAUUUUAAAAUUAUAUAAUGUGAGCUAAACAUAAAGUACAAAAUAUAUAGCAUUUUCCUUAGUCUAGUUUUUUGAGAUUACUAAUGUUACUGUCCCCACUACAACAACAAAAUACUUAAAUACAUGCAAUUUUGUCCUUGAAACAUUGAAAUAUUGUAGAAUUCCAUUCAUUCCUAUGGAGGACAGCGCCUACUGGGGAGUGUCAAUAUGGCUGAUACAUAGCGUCAACAAUCCAGGGUUUAUAUACAUCAUUGGUUAUGAUGCGGUCCUGGAAAAUGAAGCGGAUUCUCAUGGCAACAGAUGUAUUGCUUUGAAGGGUAUUGAAGGGUAUAGAUGAACAUGUGGAUGUUUUACAGUUGUAUUAACCAUCAAUCCUUUUAUUUUAGUGUUCAAUAAAAAUUUCACCAGUUUAA